AAAAAAACCGCUGAGGUCCGUCGCCCGUCAACUUCAACUUCAACAAGACACAAAAACAAAUACAAACAGCUUCUCAAAACCCAUCGAACAAGGGUAAACAAACAGAAGAAGAAGAUGUCCGAUCAACCAGUUUCUUUCUUUAAGAAGCAUCAAGUUGCCAUUGCCGCUACUGUUGGUGUUGCCGCCUCUGCUGCUGCUGCUUACUAUGUUCUUCAGCAGACAAAGAGCUCUUCGACAUCACAGGCCAGUGGUGACUCCCACGUGAAGAAGUCCAAGAAGAAGCACAAAAAGUCCUCCAAGAAGACCAAGAAGGCGUAUCCAGUUGAUGGGUCUGGUGAUCCUUCAGUGACCAAGGAAUACGCCGAUUCUUUGACUGAAGAACAGAAGGAUUCGAUUGCGCUGGCGUUGAAAGAGGACGGUAAUGAGUAUUUCAAGAACAAGGAGUUUGAACAGGCUGUGAAGUACUACACCGCUGCCAUUGCUUUGAAAGAGGACCCUGCCUUCUACUCUAACAGAUCUGCUUGCUAUAUUGCUCUGAAGGACUUUGAAAAAGUGAUUGAGGACACUUCCACUGCGUUGAAGUUGAAGCCUGACUAUACCAAGUGUAUGUUGAGAAGAGCCACUGCUUACGAGCAGCUGGGCAAGUACGAAGAGGCAAUGUUUGAUUUGACUGCUGCUACCAUUUAUGGUGGGUUUAACACUAAGCCAACCGAACAAUCCCUCGAACGCAUCUUGAAGACGUACUCUUAUGAACUCGUUGCUGACAAGUUGAAGAACAGAGUUCCUCAAUUGCCAACAGCCUCUGCAAUUGCCUCAUUCUUUGCUGGUUAUUCCGAGGACCAGCUCUUCGAUGGAUUGCCAAAGUCCACUGAUGGUUUGGAUCCAAGCUCCGCUGAAUUCUUCCUCGUUUCUGCUGUAAAGAAGAUCUGUGAAAGAUCUUAUACAGGUUACGAAGAGGCAGAUUCCUUCAUCCAACAGGCACUCUCUGUUUAUGAAGCUACAGAGGACAAGUCUUCCGAAGAAUUCAAGAGUGGAUAUUCUCUUGCGCUGGAAUACUCCUGUAUCUUUGACUUUUUGAAGUCUGAUCCUUUGAAGGCAUUGGAGGAGAUUGAGAAGGCAUUGUCCUUGCACCCAAGAGCCAGAUCAUACGUGUUUAAGGCAAUGAUCUACGCUGACAGACAAGACGUUUCUGAUGCUGAAAAAUGUUUCGAAUCCGCAUUGGAAUUGCAACCUGCAGCUUCAGAUAUCUAUUACCAAAGAGGUCAGAUGUACUACUUGUUCAGUCAGUUGGAUAAGGCAGAAGAAGAUUUCAAGAAGGCUAAGGAGUUGGACCCAAAGAACAUGUAUGCUUAUAUCCAAUUGGCUUGUAUUCAAUACAGAAAGGAGGACUUUGCUGGUUCUGAAAAGGCAUUCCAAGAGGCUAAGAAGUUGUUCCCAACUUCUCCAGAAAUUCCGAACUAUUAUGGUGAAAUCUUGGCUGAUAGAGGUGAGUUUGACAAGGCUGUUGAGCAAUUCAUCAUUUCUCACAAGUUGGAAGACGCUUUGCCAAAGAUCUCUGUCGGUGUUACUCCAUUGGUGAACCAAGCUGCUCUUGUUGCAAGACAACCAACUUCAGAAGGUUUAUUAGGCGCAAUUGAGCUCCUGGAGAAAGCCACUGAUAUCGAUCCAAAGUCAGAGUUGGCAAAGAUAACUUUGGCUCAGUUGAAGUUGCAAGUUGGCAAGACUGAAGAUGCUAUCAAACUCUUUGAAGAGGCUUCUAACUUGGCCAGAUCUCUAGAUGAGAAAAUACAGGCCACCUCAUUUGCCGAGGCUUCGAAGAUUCAAGUUAAAAUCCACACAGAUCCAGUCUUGGGUGCGAAGAUUAAGGAAAUGAUAGAACAACAUGGUGGUCCUCAAGCCCUUGGAAUGAUGGGUUAAACAAAUUUACAUGUCAAAUUCUCUCUCUUGUAUAUAUUACAAUGUCGACAUCAUUGAUUUUGGAAUAUGAAACAAAAAAAAAUGAAUUG